UUGUGGUCCAUCCAACGAUGCUGACGACAUCUGACCAUCAUAAUAAUUCAUAUUUCGAACAAUAAUUUAAAAAUUUUAUGGCGUGUUAUCGUGAAAAAAUUUGUUGUGUCUUUUUUUAAAUUGACUUUUAAUUUUUAAGUUUUAAUUUGUAUAAUGACAAUGGCGGUUUCUGUGUGUGUGUUUAUGAUUUUGUGUGUUUUUCAAUGGUGUAAUGCACAGUUUGGAAGUUUAGGUCUAAGUGUUGGUAUGGGAGGAGUCAAAAGCGGUGAAGAAACGUUAAGUAUAAGAAGUCCGUGCCCACAAAACACAACAUGUAUGCCUGUCAGUGCUUGUCCUAUGUUGGAGGACCUAAUGGACUUUUCGUGUUUCUCUUCAGACAGAUAUUUCCACCGACUCAACCAAUUAAUAUGUGGCAAUGCGGAUGACGAGGACUACGUAUGCUGUCCUUCAUGUGACUGUGGCAGGGUCUACCAGGAAGGCAUGGAGAAAUGUGGACAGAGUAUGGUGCGAGGAGUCGACUACAAUGGAUUGGGAAGUCAACCGUGGACUGCUAGAAUUGGUUUUACACACAAGGAGACUGGUAAUGUGAGAUUCGCGUGCAGCGGUUCCAUUAUUGGCAAACGAGUUAUAUUGACUGCUGCUCAUUGCGCUUUGGCCAAGCCAGAAGGAUAUAAACUAUCAACUGUAGUGGUUGGUGAAUGGGAUAUCGGUCGAAGUCCUGAUUGUAAUGAUUAUUUCUGCGCUCCUCCUACACAAGCCAUCAAAGUGGAGAAUGUGAUUGUCCAUCCAGGAUACGAACAGAAGAUAUUCAGACAUGAUAUUGCAUUGAUCAUGCUUAAAGAAGAAAUUAAAUAUUCAGUGACAGCCGCGCCGAUCUGUUUGAAUGAUAAGCCGGAAAUAGUAAUUAAUGAACGAGCUUCGCUUGUCGGUUGGGGGAAACUGUCAGGACAGAAUAACGUGGUGAGCAGACAACAGCAGCUAGAAGUUCCUCUGGUACCUUUAGAAAACUGUGAGCGUAUAUUUGGAGAAUCAGUCCCAGUUAACGAAGGUCAGCUCUGUGCUGGAGGUGAGGCGGGAAAGGAUGCUUGUUCAGGUUUUGGUGGAGCUCCUCUACUUCUGUUCAGACAAAGUCGUCAUGUGCAGGUUGGCAUCGUGUCCUUCGGUUCAGAGAACUGUGGAAGUGAAGGCGUUCCCAGUGUGUACACGAACAUAGCUCACUAUUACCGAUGGAUCGUGGACAACUCACCAUCAUAACCUCACUUUCCAAAAUCACAAAUAGCCAGAAAGUAACAGUCGCCUAGUCACGAAAAUGCGGUGUUGUAUCGGUGAAAUAUUUAGGAGAUUUUUACUAAAAUAUCUAAUACAAAAAAUAAGACAUUUGUUGGACAUUUUCCGGAAAGUCACCAAAUAAUUGCAUAAUUGUAAUAACCAUGUUUCUUGAAAUAAGGCAAUAGAUCAAAUACUGUAAAUAGGUUUUUAUAGUCCAUAUUCAAAUCUAUUAGAGUAGGUAGUGAAUAUUUUUUGAAAUAAGUAAAAAUGUUUCCAAAAUCCUUUCAU